GGUCUUGCGCCAGUUAAAAUGAACCUCGAAGUUCCCAGAAAGUCCAGGUCUUCCAGGCCAGAAAACCCUAGUUCGCUUAUUUGCUCAAGGUUAAUUAACUUAUUCGUUCUGUCCCUGGGCUAUAUCAGAAUAACCUGCAACUUAAAUGAUGCGAGGGCUUAGGAAAGGAAAAGUGGAUGUUCUUGUCUCCAGAUGGACCAUGAAUUUGAUCGUGUAUUUCAGAAUACAUACACUCUUGAGUUUUUAUUGGGCAAAGCAGCCUUAAUUGUUCUAUAGUUGGUUCUGCAUGCCGCUGUUGUAAGUCUCUUUUGUACAUAUCUAAAUUUCCCAUGCUUUCAUCUAACUUGCUGUGAGACAUUGGGCUAGUUAGUUUUCUGGUUCUCAGUUUGCCCACAUGUAAAGUGAGGAAUAAUCAUAAUAGAAUGUGGGGUGGAAGGUAUAACUCAGUGGUAGAGCACUUGCCUAGCUUGAGCGAGGCCCUGGGUGAUCCGCAUCACAAUAACAACAACAGUAGAACAUACCUUAUUAGGUGAUUUUGAAAUUUAAAUGUAUUGUAUAGGGGCUUUAGUGCUUGGCAUAUAGUUAGCCCAAGUAAAAACUGUUAUUAUUACUUGCCUCUUAAGAUUUGGGACUGUUCAAAAAGGCUUAGUAUUAAAGGUAGAAAGACCUAAUAUACUUAACAGAUAUUGAAAAAAUACACUUUUCUGGGCACAAAAUCUGUGUAUCACAGCUCUUAAAUAACUUUACUGUGCAUUUUACAAAACAGAUUAAUAGACAGCUCUGCCUUUCUGAUAACCAGAAGGUAUAACUUCUGAUCCAAAAUGAUCUCUAGUUUAACUCACUUUCACUUUGGAUAGAGAGAACCAAAGUGAGAAGCAAAACAGCCUGCUUUUUAAUAAAGGGGAUUCUGAUCAUUGGACUUGAGAGAUUCUGGGAUGAUAACAAACUUUUAUCUUAAGUCCCUGAAGACGCUAAGUAGAUUGGAAAAAAAAAUCGAAUUGACUUAAAUUCUUAGAAUUUUGUAUGUUUUUAAAGCUCUAGGUUUCUAAAUGCUGUUUACUACUUCGAUGUUCAGUCUUUUACCCUGAAUACAACUCAGCCCCCUAAGAGAGCAUUUUUAUUGCAUAAAAAAGUUCCAACUAUGGGAUGGUUCUCUGGAGGGUUAAGAAGAGUUGCAGGUUUUCUUCUUUGAAAAUUGUCUGGAUACGCUUUUAAUUUUUUUUUUCCUUUUGGCAGAUGUCAUCUUUUAGUUGGAAAUGUGCUUUUCUAAGGGUUAGAUUUUUAAUCCCUCUUGUAUGUGGUGAAAUUAAUCAUUUGUAAAUGAUACUUAUAUUUUUUAAUUGACCAAAACUUUUAAGAUUUUUCUUGGUGAUCCCUCAUGGUUUUCAAUUCUUGUAUUUUAUGUGUAGAUAAUUUUAAUCAUGCGUGAUUAUCUGAGUUUGUUUUGUCAGUUGAAUUUAGAAGUAGUUUUUUUUUUUUUUUUAAUCUGAGUUUGUUGAAUGCUCUUGUGCAUUAGUCUCUGAAGGAGCCAAAGAAUAAGACAGCCCUGCACUCAAGUUGCUAAUGAACUGUCAUAGGACAAGAUAGCACAGGGUCUGAAGGAAUACCACUGAAGGUGUCUUGGGCCAUCUGUGGCACACUAUCCUGGGCUGAAGUCAAGGAAGUUAAAAUGAAUUUUUAUUAUAGAAAAGCAAGUUACGGGCUGGGGUUGUGGCUCAGUGGUAGAGUGCUUGCCUAGCAUAUGUGAGACACUGGGUUCAAUUCUCAGCACUGCAUAUAAAUAAAUGAAUUUAAAAAAAAAAGACAAGUUAAAUUCAGGCUGUUAGUUGAUGAUUUACUUAGAUAGUCAUCUGCUUAUUGUAUUGAACAUGCUGAGUACCAUACCAGUUGGAGCAGUAACUGAGAGACACAAACAUCCCACCUUCAUAGAAUCCAAUCUUUUUUCAUAAGUCAGAACAUCCAAAUUUAGGUCUUUCUUUGGGGUGUUGCCAUUGUAUAAUCUGGAAGAUGUUCUGUGUUUAGACCCAAGGUUUGUAGAGAAAUAAUCAAUGUGACCAGCAUUAUUUCUUCUAGGGAAGAGUGAAAUACAGUGACUAGAAAUCCUCUUCAACCCUAAAUGCCAACUAGACAGUUUUUAUAAAACACAAUUUACCACUCAAAAAAACCUACAAAUCAACAUGUCUCCUCAGAUGCUUAUGUCUCCUUUUCUUCUCAUCUUCUUGCUGCAUUUAGUGUCAUAGUUGUUUGGGAAAGAAUUUUUAGAAGACUUAAUGACAGUUCUCAAAUUGUAGCUUUGUGAGAAACAUUUAGAAAAUAUUUACCCCGUAGAAUUGUAGUUAAAAUUCUGAGUAUUCUUUUAAGCCUGUAUUUCCUUCCUGUGUGGGAAGGGAAUGGCAUUUGAGAAGCAAGAAUAAGAGUGUUCAAUUCUGAGGGAUUGGGAAUAGACAGCAGGGGAAACCUGUAAGUUGAGAAAAACAUUGUCAUUUUCUUAUGUUUACAUAACUGCAAUACCUAGACAAGAACAGACUCUUGUUGGUUAUGUGAUAAGCACUUCUGCUUUACCAUUUAAAAAAACUUAAAAGAGAAUAUAUUGGACACGUUAUUUAAAAUUGUCUUGAUGGCCCUUAGGUUUCCUUCCUUCCUCCUCCCUCUCUCCCUCAGUGCUAGGGAUCCAGCCCAAGUCCUUAUGUGUGUUUGGCAGACACUCUGCCCCUGAGCUACAUCCAGAGCCCCUCCUGACUUUUUUUUUUUUUUAAGUUUGUAAGGUUAACAUUGCUAAUAAUAAACCCCUCUAGCAUUUUGAAGGUGUGUUUCCUAGUAUGUCUUUUCCAGAAAACCUACCCUGGCUUUAUUUUUUCCCAGUUCCUCACUCCUUGAGCUGAGUUAGCCUUUCUCAGUGUACUCAUAAUAUCAUAAUACCUUGUGAUUAUAAUAAUAUUGUGUUAUAAUGAUCUCUGUAUUUUGAUUCACCUGCUAGAGAGAGGCUUGAGACUGUUUUUCCAGCUUUUCUCCUGGGGUUAGCACAGUGCCUGCUACAAGGGAGAUGCUCAAUAUAUGUCACAUGAUGGCAGCAAAGAAAGGAGCUGAAGUUGCCCUCCUACAAAGGCCAGUCCCCUCAACUAAGUCUCAGAAGGUAUUUUGCUGAUUUGAUUGCCAUUGUGAGCAAUCGCUUCACACUCUGCCCUUCGGCCCGACAUCUUGCUGUCUAUUUGCUGGACCUGUUUAUGGAUCGCUAUGACAUCUCUAUCCAGCAGCUGCAUUUAGUUGCGCUUUCCUGUCUGCUUCUAGCAAGUAAAUUUGAAGAAAAAGAAGAUAGUGUGCCUAAGCUGGAGCAGCUCAACAGUCUGGGUUGUAUGACUAAUAUGAAUCUAGUAUUAACAAAACAAAAUUUGCUACAUAUGGAACUAUUAUUAUUAGAAACCUUUCAGUGGAACCUCUGCCUUCCAACAGCUGCCCACUUUAUCGAGUAUUAUCUCUCAGAAGCAGUACAUGAAACAGAUCUUCAUGAUGGCUGGCCAAUGAUUUGCUUGGAAAAAACUAAACUCUACAUGGCCAAAUAUGCAGAUUACUUCCUGGAAGUAUCUCUGCAAGAUUAUGCCUUUCUAAAUUAUGCACCUUCUUUAGUAGCUGCUGCAUGUGUGGCUUCUUCGAGGAUUAUACUUCGUCUUUCUCCAACGUGGCCUACAAGACUGCAUCGUCUUACUGCUUACUCCUGGGAUUUCUUAGUGCAGUGUAUUGAACGACUGUUGAUUGCUCAUGAUAAUGAUGUAAAAGAAGCAAACAAACAGAGAGGACAGGCAGGCCCUCAGUCAGCACAACUAGGUGUGUUCCAGACAGCCUCCCAGCCCUCACGGCCGGUCCAUUUUCAGCAACCUCAGUAUCUCCCUCAGACUCAGCAGACCUCACUGCAAUAUCGCCAUCCUGUAUCAGAACAACCAAGCUGUCAGCAGAUUGUAUCUACCACACACACCUCGUCUUACACACUACAGACAUGUCCUGCUGGCUUCCAAACCAGUGUUCAGGGCCUUGGGCACAUACAGACUGGUGUUGGGAUGUCCCUAGCAAUACCAGUAGAAGUUAAACCCUGUCUGAGUGUUUCUUAUAACCGGAGUUACCAGAUAAAUGAACAUUAUCCUUGUAUUACCCCGUGCUUUGAAAGGUGAUUAUGUGCAAAGGCAGUAACCAACCCAGACUGUCUUGUGACUUGAAGCUCUGGUACAAACUUUGUAAACUUCUCUUCAGAAGGAAAGGAUCUACCAGAAGACUGAAUAUCCCUUUCAGUGCACCAUUAAUAUCUAGGAGGACUAAGCAAACACUUAAUAGUGUGUGUCAAAUCCUGUUACAAAAUCCUGUGUGACAGAUAUGUUCAGGCCUGGCUGAUGGUCCAAAUAUUUCAAAUAUUUUCAAUACAACAACAAAUUUGGACAGACUCCAAUUUGCCAUUUUGAGGUUUGACCUGUGGUAGGCUCUGGGCCUUAUGUUGGCUUAUAUGUCAAAGACUAAUGAUUAUCUGUGGACUUGCCAAACCGUCUUCUAUGAAGGAAAGUUACAGUAUUAAUUUUUGAAGAGAUCUUUUGUUUAUUCUGCAGUUUUUGAGUUGUUUUGUUUUGUUCUGUUCUGUUUUUUUACCUACAGAUUAAUUUCUGACUAAGGUUAAACUCAUGAAUUGAUAUGCUAUACCAAUCUGUGCAGUAAAAAUUUUUUUCAGAUGAUUCUGUAUAACUUCCUAUCAUAAAUAAUAUAGGUAUCUGAAUUUAUAUACUAAAUUUAGGGGUGGAGUAGAUCCCAUGUCUUAAAAUCAUGGUCAUAACUUUUGUUUGAUUGCUUGCUUGUUUGUUUUUUCCCCUAAGUGAUCAGCCUCAACUCUUUAGAAUUAAAACACAUUAACUCAGGGAAUUUGUACUACUUGGAAACAUUUAACUGUAAUGCAACAUGCUUUGGGAAUGUUAUAGUAUGAACUACCUUUAUAACAUAGGUUAAAUACUCCUAUGCUAAAAUGUGUUUUCCAAUGAGAACUUAAUAUUGUAGCACAGAAUGAAUGAAGUGGUGGUUCCUAUGAUUCAUAAUAUGUAUACAGGUUUUGCAUUUCUCAGUGCAAUCAAUGAUUUAUAUUCAGAUUUGAGAAUACUCUUAAGAAAAAGGUUUUUUUCAAAGGAAGACAUAACUGUAAAAUAUCAGUACUAGAAGAAAGUCCCGUAGAUUUAUUUUGGAGAGGGGAGUGGCCAGGGUAGUACUCAGGUUGUGCUAGUGCAGCACUUUGUUAUGUGGAAGACAGGUUUUAUAAGCAACCACGGAAUCCAGCUAGUUAGUCUAAACAGGCAAGAGUACUGAUUUCUAAAUUUCAGUAGCUGCUUUCAUUAGGUUGGGCCCACAACUGCCCUGGCAUAUUUCACUGUACUCAUGAUGAGUGAAAACACAAUAAUAGUCAUGUUAGCAAGGGCAACUUGGGAGAAAUGUUUUGGGGGAAUAAACUUAAAAAGUAAAAAAUAAUAAUAGUGAAUAAACUGUAUACAUUACUCUCUUGUUAGUGGGAGAAGAGAGAUUUGGUGGAGGGAUGCUUUCUGGUUUAAAAAUUAUUAAGGUGUGUCUAUUUGUGUUUUUUUAAGGAUAGCACUUGAAUAGAGGGGCAUCUGCAUGGCAGAUAUGCAACCGCCACAAUGUGCAUUGAAGACAAACAUAAUGAUGUUGUGGGUAUGCAGCAGGAGUCUCAGUAAUCAAGCCAAUGGCCUUUGUGAGGAAGGGAAGGGGCUCAACACAGCAAAGGACUGAUCCAAAUGGCUCCAGUGGUUGAGUGUGGGUGGGUGGCUUCUGCCAGCAUGAAUUCUUAGAGAAAUGUCCUUUCCUUAAAAGGAAAAUAACUUUUAUAUAAUUUAGAUACAGAGGGCAUGAUGUGCAUUUAUUAGUCUGGUAAAUUUAAAAAACCACUCAGGUAAGAACACUCGCUCAUGGCAGUUUUCAAGUGUGGAAAUUGCUUUCUGAAAGUAUCAUCAUUUUUCCUCUAAAAAGGCUGCUAAUUGGAGCAGGUUUAGUAGUUCUUACCGUAAGAAAACUUGAAUCAUUGGGGGGAAAAUAUGUUCAAAAGAUAGUAUAUCUUUCACAUUCACAAACUCAGCAACCUGGAGUCCAAUUUUCAGUAUUUUAACUACCUCAGUAAUGCUAUGAAUGUAAGAUAUUGGGAUAGAGAUCCUAACUUGAAACAACAACCAGUGCCUGUGGUGAUUUAAUGUCUUGUCAAAUGCUUUUAUUGAUUGGUUUGUAUGUCAUUCUUGUUAUAGAAGAAUAUGCCUUUUUUAAAAGCUUAUUAACACUUUUCCCAAUUUAUAUUUAAAAAAGCUAAAGAACACUGGAUUAAUUGGGGAGGGGUAGAAUAAAAUAAUUGAUUACUAUUGCUGCAUACCCAGGGUGGGGUGGGGUGGUUGGAGAACCAGAAGUGUUUUUAAAACAUUAGGUUUCAAUAUAAAUACAACUCACAACUGUUAGCUUUGGGAGGGGGUUGGGUGGGGGAGUUGUGUGGGUUUUGUUUUGUUUAAUUUAUUGAUUAGUCUUUAAAGCUGUUUGUUAUUUUGUUUUUUUGUUUUUGUUUUUUGAGAUUACUGGACCAUCAUUAAUGUGUACUGUGAAGAGAUUAAUAUGUAUCAAGGGCUUUACCAAAGUCCACUAAAUAAACACUACUCAAGUACA